UGGGAAAGAGACACACAAAAGGUGAGCAAGCAGUUUUCAAAGGAUGCUUUCAACUCUCUGGCCGGUCCGUGUGUGUUUUCCUCUACAAAGUGUUUCCAAUUACUGUGGCACUCUCGGUAUCUGGAUCCAUCUCCAGUGAAUUCCUCUGCAGCUCCUGCCAGACAUAUGGGAUCAAUCAGGGCUUCGGCGCUGGUGCGCUUGCUGCGGGAAUGUUGACAGCCUGACAGACGCGGGGUUCUGGUGUCAUGGAAUCUCCGAGACUUUGGCUGGAUCCCGGGAGGAGAAUGAGAGGGGGAGGAGAGAGAUAGAGGCAGAGAUAGAGGAAGGAGAGAGGAGAGGGGAGCGGGAAAGACAGAGGAGGAAGAGAGGGAGAAGGAGGGACGCGGGAGAUUUUUCUUGACUGCCCCCUUUCCUUCAAACAUUUUAUAGGCUUCGGGGAGAGAGGAAGGAGGAGAGGGGGAAGAAAAAGGGCGAGAGCGCGACGGGUAGAGAGCGCGCGCCGUUCCCUGCGAGCCCCCGAGGCGCCGGAGCCCACCCGUAGUCCCCCGGCUGGGAUCAGGGGGCGCCGAGGCUCCGGCCGCCGCCCCGCGCCCGCGCCGCGCACGCCCCUCCGCGAGCCGGGCGGCCGAGCGUCUCUCCGCGCCGGGGCCGACGCCCGCGCUCCGGGCCGGCCGCUCCGUCUCCAGCGCAAUGUGGCCGCGCCUGGCCUUUUGUUGCUGGGGUCUGGCGUUCGUCUCGGGCUGGGCGACCUUUCAGCAGAUGUCCCCGUCGCGCAAUUUCAGCUUCCGCCUCUUCCCCGAGGCCGCGCCCGGGGCCCCGGGGCUGCUGCCCGCGCCGCCCGCGCCCGGCGAGGACGCGGCCGAGAGCAAAGUGGAGCGGCUGGGCCAGGCGUUCCGGCGGCGCGUGCGGCGGCUGCGGGAGCUCAGCGAGCGCCUGGAGCUCGUCUUCCUGGUGGACGAGUCGUCCAGCGUGGGCCAAGCCAACUUCCUCAGCGAGCUCAAGUUCGUCCGCAAGCUGCUUUCCGACUUCCCCGUGGUGCCCACGGCCACGCGCGUGGCCAUCGUGACCUUCUCGUCCAAGAACAACGUGGUGCCGCGCGUCGAUUACAUCUCCCACCGCCGCGCGCACCAGCACAAGUGCGCGCUGCUCAGCCGCGAGAUCCCGGCCAUCACCUACCGUGGCGGCGGCACCUACACCAAGGGCGCCUUCCAGCAAGCCGCGCAAAUUCUUCGUCACUCUAGAGAAAACUCAACAAAAGUUAUAUUCCUCAUUACUGAUGGAUAUUCCAAUGGGGGAGAUCCCAGGCCAAUUGCAGCAUCUCUGCGAGAUUUUGGAGUGGAGAUCUUCACUUUUGGCAUAUGGCAAGGGAACAUUCGAGAACUGAAUGACAUGGCUUCCACCCCAAAGGAGGAGCACUGCUACCUGCUGCACAGUUUUGAAGAAUUUGAGGCUUUAGCGCGCCGGGCAUUGCAUGAAGAUCUGCCUUCUGGGAGUUUUAUUCAAGAGGAUAUGUCUCAUUGCUCCUAUCUGUGUGAAGCCGGCAAAGACUGCUGUGACCGAAUGGCGAGCUGCAAAUGUGGGACACACACGGGGCAGUUCGAGUGCAUCUGUGAAAAGGGCUAUUAUGGGGAAGGUCUGCAGUACGAAUGCACAGCUUGCCCAUCAGGGACAUACAAACCAGAAGGUUCUCCAGGAGGAAUCAGCACUUGCCUUCCGUGUCCUGAUGAAAAUCACACCUCUCCACCUGGAAGUACGUCCCUGGAAGACUGUGUCUGCAAGGAGGGAUAUCGGGCAUCCGGCCAGACCUGUGAAGUUGUCCACUGCCCUGCCCUGAGGCCUCCCGAAAACGGUUACUUUGUCCAGAACACUUGCAACAACCACUUCAAUGCAGCCUGUGGGGUCCGAUGUAACCCUGGAUUUGACCUCGUGGGAAGCAGCAUCCUUCUGUGUCUACCCAAUGGUUUGUGGUCCGGUUCAGAGAGCUCCUGCAGAGUACGAACAUGCCCCCAUCUUCGCCAACCCAAACAUGGCCGCAUCAGCUGUUCUACCAAGGAAAUGUCCUACAAGACAGUGUGUUUGGUUACCUGUGAUGAAGGGUACAGACUAGAAGGAAGUGCUAAGCUUACUUGUCAAGCUAACACCCAGUGGGAUGGUCUAGAACCUCGGUGUGUGGAGCGCCACUGCCCCACGUUUCAGAAGCCCAAAGGUGUCAUCAUCUUCCCGGCCAGCUGUGGCAAGCAGCCUGCCAGACCUGGGACGAUUUGUCAACUGAGUUGCCGCAGAGGAUUCAUCUUAUCAGGCGUCAGAGAAGAAGUGAGAUGUACCACCUCUGGAAAGUGGAGUGCCAGAGUUCAGACAGCUGUUUGUAAAGAUGUGGAGGCCCCUCAGAUCAGCUGUCCCAAGGACAUAGAGGCGAAGACCCAGGAACAGCAAGACUCCGCCAAUAUCACUUGGCAAAUCCCCACAGCUAACGACAACUCUGGGGAAAAGGUAUCCAUCCAUGUUCAUCCAGCUUUCACCCCACCUUACCUCUUCCCAAUUGGAGAUGUUGCUAUCACCUAUACAGCCGUUGACCUAUCCAGCAACCAAGCCAGCUGCACUUUCCACGUCAAGGUUGUCGGUAAGUCACAAAAUUGCUUGAGUAGGAUUGCGAAAAUAACCCAGUAGUCCAAGGGCUUGGCUUCUCCUUUAUCUUCAACAACUCCCUCCCCCCGAUUCUCCCGGCUGGCUUUGAAACCUGCCCAUGCCACUCCCUCUUUGAAACCUACAUCCUCUUUAACCAUUGCUGCCUCUCUUUGAUUUCUUCCAAUAUGAGCCUUUGGAAAAGUUCCCAGUAAUUGUCAUCUGUUUUGUCUCCACGGCCAUUUAUAUUCAAAGUCACUCAAGUGACUCUCGUCCCCUUCACUCACAUACAAACUACUUUCAUCAGAGGCAUCACUGGUCUCUAGAGUUAUUUCUACUGCACACUUUUUUGUUCUUAUAUUACAUAAUCUUUCCUUAGAUUUUAUCACCUUAGAUUUUAUUAACCACACACUCCUUAUCGAAACUGUCUCCUUCCCUAGCUUAUCUGACAACAAUCUGUCUUGGUUCCACAACCUGUUUUUCUCAUUUCUCCUUCUUUAUCUCUUUCCUACAUGGCUUCUCUUCCUCAGACCGGCUCUCAAAUGUGGAUCAUCCCCAAGGUUCCAGCCUUAGCCUUCUUUUCUUUCUUUCUGUCUCUCUCUCUCUCUCUCUCUCUCUCUCUCUCUCUCUCUCUCGUUUUUCUGGUGAUUUUGUUAACUGACAACUUCCAGAAUUCAAUCUGAAGCUUAGAUCUAUUUUCUGAAAUUCAAACCAAUAUAUAGAACUGCCUAUUCAACAUUCCCAGGUAAAUGUCUUACAGGCAUUUCAGACUCACCCAAACCUAGUAUAUUUCUUAGCUCAGAAUGGCACAACCAACCGCCUACCUACCAUGCAAAAAUCUGGAAGUCAUCCCUAACUCCUCUCCUUCCAUCACCAACAUUCAAUUAUUUCUCAAGUUCUUCUGGUUUCAUCUACAUAUUGUUUCGGAAAUCUGCCCCAGUCUCUUCACCCUCACAACCACUGCUGUAGAUCAGUCCUAAUUUUGGAUGGGGUGCUGGUUUAUUUCUUAGUCUUCCAAUUGCUCUUUGUACUUUCAAUCAAGUCAGUAGAUAUUCAAUAGGUACCAGGUACCCACCACCAAGAAGUAAUAUGUGGAGAAAUAGGAUAUGUAGCAGCCUGUAGUGGUCAAGAGCACAGACUCUGAACCCAAUCUGCUUCAUCCAAAAGUAGAGUAUAGGGUUAUUGUAAGGCUUUUAAUUAGUUAAAAUAUAUAAACCACUCGAACUAGUGCCUAACUCACAUUAAGUUCUGUGUAAACAUAUUGACAUUUAGCAAUAUUCACC